CCACACUGAUUUUGAGAAGGUCUCGACGCGGUUUGCAAAAAAUUAAAGAUAUAUAUUUUCGCCGUAAUUUAAAUCAUAAAACUGAAAUCCUCCGUGACGAACUGAACAAUAGGCCACUCAAUAGGCGACUCUCUUUCCAGGUAAUUCCCAGAGCUGACCACAAUGUGCCGGCCAUAGAAGCAGCUCCCCCCCCCAUUUGAGACCCUGACCAAGUACGCGAGAGCGAGAAAUUCCCUCUAGAAAAACAGAGCAAACCCAGACAAAUCCUUAGCUGCUUUUUACUGUUUGCAAAAACUCAAAGUUCACGCAGGAAACACGAGUCUGGAGAAUGGUCAGAAAGCAAGUUGGAAUCGAACACAACGCAUCCCUAGCAGUAAGUCAGCAGCAGGAUCAAAAGCAGCAGCAGGAUCAGAAGCAGGAAUACCAGCAGCAGCAGGAGCAGCCGCAGCAGCAGCAUAUCGACUUGGACUUGGAACCGAGUAGUAGCUACAACUACGCCCAACAGGCGCAGGCCACGUACGCCACCGCCCGCACCCUUGCCACCAGCUAUGAGCACGCUCCCGGUAGCUCCAGAAACUUUAGCCUGCAGCAUGCGCACCUCGCCAACAUGCCGUACAACCAUCACGCUGUGCCGCCGCCGACGAACACGGUCGCCAACUCUGGCGCCAUCCUGCCCGUGGAGAUACCCAUCGAGGACGAGGAGCGGCUCGAGCGCAUCUUCAAGCAGCUGGAUCGCGACGGUGACGGAAGGAUCGACAUCCACGACCUGUCGGCGGCCCUGCACGAGUUUGGCCUGUCGAGCGUCUAUGCGGAGAAAUUCCUUCAGCAAUCGGACAAGGAUCAAAGUGGCAAUGUGGGAUUUGCCGAGUUCCUGCAUUAUGUGCGGGAGCACGAGAAGAACCUGGUCCUGCAGUUCUCACAUCUAGACAAAAACCGUGAUGGCAAAGUGGACUUGGAGGAACUGAUUUCCGCUUUCAAGGACCUGGGCCUGGAGAUUGACUUGGACGAGGCUAGGAAUUUGCUGACCAGAAUGGAUAAGGACGGCAGCCUGAACAUUAGCUUUAACGAGUGGCGCGACUUUAUGCUCCUGGCGCCCUCAACGGAUAUACACGACUUGAUUAAAUUUUGGCGGCACUCUACUUACCUCGACAUUGGCGAGGAUAUGAAUGUACCUGAUGACUUCACACAGAAAGAGAUGCAGACGGGCCUCUGGUGGCGACACUUGGUGGCUGGUGGCAUAGCCGGUGCUGUUUCCCGAACGUGUACGGCCCCGCUUGACAGGAUAAAGGUGUACUUGCAGGUACAAACACAAAGAAUGGGAAUCUCAGAGUGUAUGCAAAUCAUGCUGAAGGAGGGCGGUUCGCGGAGCAUGUGGCGUGGCAAUGGCAUCAAUGUGUUGAAGAUUGCCCCCGAAACGGCUUUGAAAUUUGCCGCCUACGAGCAAAUGAAGCGUCUGAUACGCGGCGAGGAUGCCAGCCGACAGAUGAGCAUCGUGGAGCGUUUCUAUGCUGGCGCUGCGGCAGGUGGCAUUUCCCAGACCAUCAUCUAUCCCAUGGAAGUAUUAAAGACGCGACUGGCGCUACGCAAGACGGGACAGUAUGCCGGCAUUGCUGAUGCAGCGGCCAAGAUCUACAAACACGAGGGAGCGCGCAGUUUCUAUCGUGGCUAUGUGCCGAAUAUUCUUGGUAUUCUGCCCUAUGCCGGCAUCGAUCUGGCUGUAUACGAGACCCUGAAGCGGCGAUACAUUGCCAGUCAUGACAACAACGAGCAGCCCAGCUUUUUGGUGCUUCUGGCUUGUGGCAGUACAUCAAGUGCACUGGGGCAGCUGUGCUCCUACCCGCUGGCGCUGGUGCGCACUCGGCUACAGGCACAAGCCGCCGAAACGAUUGCCAAUCAAAAGCGGAAGACGCAAAUCCCACUGAAAAGCAGCGAUGCUCACAGCGGCGAGGAGACCAUGACGGGACUGUUCCGCAAAAUUGUGCGACAGGAGGGUCUGACGGGGCUGUAUCGCGGCAUCACGCCCAACUUCCUCAAGGUGCUGCCGGCGGUGUCCAUCAGUUACGUGGUCUACGAAUACUCGAGUCGUGCCCUGGGCAUCAAGAUGUCGUGAGAUGUCUUCUGCUCUUGUCCCAAAUCUCGAUCCGAUCAGGUUAACACACAGUUCGGCGGAAAAGCUUAUUGCGCUGGUUGGAGCGGCCCCGCUCUGCAGGGCGGAUCGGGCUGCCGCUGGCGAUGCAAUGAUGCUGAAGCCGUGGCUGUAGCUGUGCUCCUCCUCCUCCUCCUCCAUUUUGUAUAGUAGUAGAGGUAGACUAAGUCGGGCCACACUCUCCGCUCUCUCUCUGCUCGUGCAGCUGCUUUCCUUAAGUGUAAAGUAAAGAAGAAAAACAGGCCUCUUCCAUGUUCUGGGUUAAUCCUUUUUUUUAAUUUAUAGUUAAAUUAGUUUGGUUAUUUUCUUAAAAUACAAAAUAAGUGAUACUACGGCUAAUUUAUUUGUAAAUGCGAGAAAAUGUUAUGGAAGCAAGAGUCCCUCGACACAUUUCUUAACUCAUAAGUGCUAAUUUAUUUACAUUUGUACGUAGGCAGUGCUAAAAACACAUACCAAAAAAACAAAAAAACGGCGGAACGGGCUCCUAGUCUGUCCCAUCAGAAAUCAGAGUGAGGGAAAUCGGAGAAAUCAGCAAAUUUGGCAGCGUUUUAAGCUUGUGUGCACACAAAAAAAGACAUUAAACACGACGAUUAACUCGUUUCUGCAUAGAUUAAUGGAUUACACAAAAUAAUGAGAAACACUUAACGUUUACAAUGUGAUGAUAAUAGUUAAUAAUAUACACAUAUAUACAUAUAUACCUACUAUAAUACCGACUUGAAACGCUUCGGAGCUGUCGGCGGCGAGGCUGAAAUUUUGUAGCAUUUUAUUUGUUAAGUUUAGUAACAUUUUCUCCUAGAUCGUAUCGCAACGCAAAAAGAAAGCCAACGAGAUUAAUUGUGACUAAAGCUAAAUAACAAACAAACAAACAAAAAACAAGAAGAAACGAGCGAGAAACAUCCUCCACAUAAUUUAUUUAUAUCAUGAGAAUCUAAACCCCGGACCAGUCCUAAGUUCAAUCCUAUUUUAUACAUUGUAAUAAUUUUGAAUUUAAAAACUAUGUACUAUGUAUCAUUUGUACCCUAUUCUUAAUUAGCCAAUUGAAUUUUUGUACGUCUAGUUUAGAUACUGACUCUUUAAAAUAUGAUUUUUCAUUAUCCUAAAAUAUGUAAAGCAUUUUUAGAACCAUUUUUUACCUAUUUAAAUGAAGUUGAUCACUGAAAAUCAUGCGAACAUUAUUCGAGCAAAUAAAUACAUUAAUUAAAAUGAA